AUGAUUGGACUAAUACUGUCUGCUGUACGCCAACGGUUUUCUUCAUUGGUAAAUAUAAAUUUAAUCUCAAAAUCAUGCUAGUAAAACAAUGUAUAAGUAUUUGAAUUUUGAAGUAAUAUUAUUAUUAAUUUUUAAUUACUACUUAUAGUAGGUAGGUUAAGUUAGACCUUCAAAAAUAAAUAGUACAAAAGGUAUCAACAAUUCAUUUUUCCUUAAACAAAUAACUUGAGAUGUAAAAUUUACGUACAAUAUUUUUUUAGUAAAUUAUCGAGAAAAAAUUACGUAAAUUUACCGUAUAAAGUCGAUAAAUUUAGUAAAUUUUAAUAUUUUUAGUUUUUAGUAAAAAGAAAACCCCCAGUUCUCUAAAAGCAUUCUCUAGUCUCUACCACCUUAUUAUAAACUCAUAAUUUUUUAAAUGUUUAUUUUAUUGUUUUGGAUAAGGUUAUUAUGUGGAUAAUAAUGUAAUUAGUAAUUAAUAAUUACAUACUUAUAUAAUUUAUUGUACCUGUAUGUUUUACUUUUUCUUUUAUCUGAACAUAAAUGUUAAAAAUUUACCCAUAAAAUAAAUCGUAAAUUGAUCAAAUCAGAUUUCUAUAGGUACUUAAAAUUGCUAUUAUUUUAUUUAAAAUACUUUUGUAAGUACUCGUUUCAUACUUUUACAUCAACCAUUCCAUUUUAUUGAUAUAUUAUGGAUAUUAGCCUCGUAAAGACGUUUGAUUUGAGAUGUCGUUUGCUAAUUAUUUUGGUAAAAAUAAAAUUGGUACUUUUACCGGGCUAACAUCUCUACAAAUAACAACAUAAUUGAAUCUGAAGACGAAGAUCUCGAUGAAAUACGGAUUUAAAUUUUAUUUUAUUUUGUUUACUUUUUAUAAUACACAUAAUUGUUUGUUUUCAAUAUUAUGUUUAUUGCUUACAUUAAAUAUGUAUUUAUUAUACAUAGAAAGUGACUCACUUCGACAGAUUCCUCGGUAUAAUACCAUAGACAUAAUGAUUUGUUAUGUAAUUAUUUUUUUUAAAUUUGUUUUAAUUAUUUGUUAAGUUUUAAUUUUCAUAAGUCUGAAAGUAUGAAAAAUAUGGUUUGAAUAAUCCUUUUUAACAAUAUAUAAUGCACACAAUUUGUUGUUUUUAAUAUUAUGUUGAUAUUUCAUAUGUAUUUUGUAUAAUGUAUACCAGUGAUAUAUUUAAUUAUUUAUUAUGCGUUGAUUGUUAUAAAUAAGAAAAAAAUGCAAUGUAAAGUAUAAACAUGUAUUUUUUUUUUAAUGUGAGUGUUCAUUUUUGAAAUUAAGUUAUUUUAUUUUUUCAAUUUUGAUUUAAUACUUUACUGGGCCGAUUAAUAAAUGAUCGCGGGUUGGAUUUGGUCACCAGUACUCGCCACUGUUGUAUACUAAUAUGUACAAGUUAAUCCAUUAAAGUGGGUACACUAGAUAUUUCAAAAUGUAUUGACUUUUUGAAAUAUCAAGUGAACUCUGUAUAGGUAUAUAACAAGAAUAAGUUGUUGUUAUAGCAUUUUUUUAUUUGUUAUAAUAAUUAAGGCUGUGAAUUUAUAGGAAAGUACAUUUUUUUUAGCCGAAUGUGAAACGUAGCUUUCAUAAUUUGGAUUAAGUAAUAACAAAUUUAUUUAUGGAACUUUUAUUUUGCAUUUGUUUACGUUUACAGUUUUUAAGGUCAUUUUUGGACUUUUUAAGUCAUAUUUUUCUUUUUAGUUCAUUUUCCGGUAUUUUUUUUAUUAAAUUCCGCCAAUUAAUUUCUUUACACACAUAUUUUUUGUUUUACACAGAUUUUAUAAACGUAAAUUUAUAUUUUAUAAAAUGAUAUUUUACACAAGCUGGUUGUAUUCGGGUUAGGUAAAGAUAAGGAUUCGAUAAAAUAAUGCAAUAUUGCAGAAAUCAACUAGAAUUCAACAAUCAAAUUCGAUAAACAUUUUUAUAAUAUUUUUUCAAAGAAAUUUCUUUUAUUAAAUAAAUAAAUUAGUACAUAUAAUAUUAAAAUAAAUAUAAAAAAUAAAUUAAAAAUCAUUUUAAAUUGCAGUUUUUGCAUCAGCAAUAAUAAUGCUAUCACUCAGUACGUUGUCAUUUUGUUUUAUACAAUCAUUAUCUAUUGUUCCGUAUUGAUUUAUUUGCUUUCUCAUUUAUAAAUUACCAUAAUUUUUUGUGAUUAAAUUUGUAUUUAAGAAGUAAAUUCUGAUACUAAAAUUAUUUUUACUUUAUUAAUUAAAAAAAAAAAAAAAUCCGAUUUAUAUAAGUAUAUCAAAAUUGUAUUUUUUAAAUUAAUGUCAAAAUUACUUACAGAUAAUUUCUUAGUCAAUAUGUACUUAUUUCUUAUAUAGAGAAAAUCGUGCACUUAGUUGACCAAUUUUUAAAGUUUUUAUGUCUAUUCGAGGCCUUUAGCAUUGUCUAAAUUUAAAAAAAUCAUCCAAUAAACUGUAAUAUUUUCAUUAAAAAGUUUUGUUAUAUGUCGUAUUCAAAACGGAACUUUUCAGGGCUACCAAAUUUUUAAAUUCAAAACAAGAUAUAAAUAUAAAUUCACAAGGGUCCGUGAAAAUUGGUCGGAAAGUAGGAAAAUCGAAAAUCUGAUGGAUGGAGUUUUUUCUAGGAUGGUAUAAAAACAAAAAAAAUAUGUGACGAUUUUCGAUACUUUGACAUUUUUUUUUCAGAUCCAAAAGCCAUACUUCAACCACCCCCUGAAUAUGUUGUGGUUAUCUAGACAUAUUAUUCAAGGAGCAACACUAAUUUAUUCUAAUAUUUUAAUAAAAUAAAAUAUUAGAUAUAGUAUUUAUAUUGUUUAGUUAAUAUAAAUACUAUUGAACCUUGCAUUUAUUAUUAUUUUAGAUUAUUAGAUUUCAGAUAUUUUAGAUUGGUUUUACAAUGAUUAUUUUUUUUUCUAUAUUUCUAUCAGAAAAAUUUUUUUAAUUGAAAAAUUCGAAGAGACCUUUUUUGAUGAAUUAUGGAUCAAGAUAGUACUUUAAGAAGAUCAUUUUUUGAUUUUCUAAGUGGUUUUUAUAAUAAUUAGGAAAAAACUUAGGAAAAUUUGGGAAAAUUUACAAAAUGUAUUAUUUAAAAUUUUAUUUUAAAUUCUGAAUGUAGUGAAGAAUUCAUUGGAUUUACAAAAUUAUUAUUUUUUUAUUAUUAUUUUAUUUUUAUGUGAACACUUUUUUUUACCAAAAAGCUACUUCUGUGUAUAUAACGUAGAACUUUUUCUGAAUGGAAAUUUGACUAGGAAGGUGCUUUAUAGUGGUCAUUUUUCGAUUUUCCCAAGAGUUUUCCCAGCAAAUAUAAAAACAUGGGAAAAUCAGGAAAAACGUAGGAAAAACAGAAAAAUCGGUACAAUUUCAACGAAUUUUAUUAAGGAAAAUAUAUAAUGCCUAUUUAAUUAUUUUGCUAUAAUAUGACAUAUACAUUGUUGACAAAUCAUCAUUAUCAAUUAAUCUCCGCUCAGAAUCGUUUUUUCGUUAGCAAUGGAUAAACCAAUGCUAACGAAAAAAACGUUUCUAAGUGGAAUUCAGUUGAUAAUGAUGCUUCGUCAACAAUAUGUAUAUCAUUUUACAGUAAAAUAAUUAAAUCAAUAUUAUGUAUUUUCUUUAAUAAUAUAGAUAAUAAUAUUUGUUUAAUAUUGUACCGAUUUUCCCAUUUUCCUUGGUUUCCCCAUGUUUUCCCGGUUUUUCACAUUUGUUGGGAAAAUCGAAAACAACCUGUUUAAAGUAUCACCUCAAGAAAAUGUCUUUACAAUACGGGGCGCAUUGUCAUUUAAAGUAUUCGGUGUAACACAAUAGAAAUAGUCCAGAAAGCUGCAUACAAAAUUGUAUCUACAAUAGGUACGAACUUAUUCACCAUGCUAUUUUGAAUUUAUCUCUACUAAUUUCUUAUUUGCACUCUUAUUUUAUUUUAUGAUAUUGAAUAACUUAUUCGUUAGCAAAAUAAGUAUUUGUUAAAAUGGGUACUUAUAAUAUUGGUUUAAAAUUUAAAAAAAAUUGUAUCUUAUAUUUUUCAAAACUUUUUUAUGAUAGCUCUAUAGUAAAUUAUUAAAUUCAUAAGUAUAAUUAUUGUGGUAAACUAAUCUACCUAGUGUGUUAUCAAAUUUUGAAUUUUAUUAAUCAUGAUUAUUUUGCUUUUUCAGUAUACCAAUUUUAGAAUUUCCAACGGUAGGCCCGUUGUAUACGAAAAACCGAAAAAAGUUAAGGGUUCCGAAUAUGCUUUGUUACUAAUGACGGCACUCUAUACCGCAUCGUUAACUUUGUCUACCACAUAUGAAAGUCGGAUAUGGCCACGAACGUGCGAACCAGUCAUUCCGUUUGGUGAAUGCGCUGUAGGCGAAAUUGAAUAUAAAUUCGAAAUAAUCAUUGAAUAUUCGCCUAUACAAGUUUGGAUUUCAUUUGCAGUUGUAGUAGUGGCAGGUAUGUAUUAUAGUUAUUAGCAGAAGUUCAUUUUGAGAGGGAGGGGACUAAGUACUUCAACUAAUUUUUUGGAUAUUCUAGUGUAUCCCUAAUUCUUUUUAAAAGAAGAACUCAUGGGAUGAGUUAUUAUUAAGCUUAGAUUCUGAGAGGAGCGAAGAAGUUUAUGGUUUUAUAAAGAUAUUCAUUUUUUAAAAUUUUUUUUUCUGUGGACAACUUUUCUGUCAGUGAUUUUGCUCCAAUUUAUAAUGAAAGCGAUUUUUCUAAAAAGGAAUUAAACUGGAAAGGUACUUUAUAGAGGUAAUUUUUCGAUUUUUUAGGAGCUUUGCUCAACAAAUGUGAAAAACCGGGAAUAAACAUGGGAAAACCAGGAAAAAUAGGAAACUCGGUACAAUAUUAAACAAAUAUUGUUAUCUAUCAUUAUUAAAGAAAAUAUAUAAUACCGAUUUAAUUAUUUUACCAUAAUAUGACAUAUACAUAUAUUAUUGACAAAGCAUCACUAUCAACUGAAUUCCGCUAAGAAUUGUUUUUUCGUUAGCAAUGGUUUAUCGUUGCUUACAGGUAUACAUUAAAUUACUUAUAACAGUGGCUGCACCCGAUCCCAUUAUCCUAGAUAUUUUUCAUAAAAUUGUUUAACUUAAAUUUUUGUGUUAAACAUAUAAAUUUUACAAAAUUUUUUAAUACGUUUCAUAACAUGUACUGAUAUCUCAUAUCUGAUAGGUACGUGAUAAUUGAUAGGUAUCAAUAAUAACCAUUUAUUGGGCAUGAUAGGUUUCCGACAAAAACGUACCUUCCCCUUUUCCACCGAUACUCGUUUCCGCGAAAUCAUAAACUUGUUCUAUUUUCUUUUUUGCCAAAAUCGUACUUUUCUCUUUUCCACCAAAUGAAAAAAUUGAUUGUUAUCUAUAUAUAUAUAUAUAUAAAAUCCAAAUACCACUGACUCACUGGUCGCUGUAUCUCAAAAACUACUUGACGUACGAAUUUGAAAUUUGGAUAGUGGUUUCUCUAAUACUUUCACCGUGAUAUAAGAAAGGAUUUUUGAAAAUUCAACCCCUAAAGUAGUAAAAUAAUUGUCUUUAAGUAUAUUUGGUAUGAAUAUCUAAUUGCUUAUUUAUUUAUUUUUGUUUAUUUAAUGGUUACAUUGUUGUUAUAGAAAAUAAAACUAUUAAAAUAACUAUUAUUAUUAUUACUAUUAUUUGCACUAUUAAAAUUUCAUAAUAGAACACAUUUAGUCCGUAGAAGACGGACUACCCAAUUUUCACCCUUUUGUUUUCAUUUAAUUCUGACUUGGCAAAAAUCAAUAAUUAAUAUGGGUAAAAUAAUAAUAAAAAUUGGCACGUACAACGCCGGGCGUGGGACAGCUUUAUUUGAAUAUUAAUGGACAAUUGCAUAUAUUACAAUUAUUAAUUAGACAAAAAAAUAAAUUUAAAUUAAAUUAAAUGUAAUACCAAUAUUUGUAUUUACUUUUAUUCUCUUAAAUUUUCAGGUACAACUUUGUGAAAAAAAUAUCUUAUUUAUAUUGCCAAUAAGAAUUUAUAUUAUAUCAUUUAUAUUUUUAAUUUAAUUUAAUUUAAUCACUCAUGUACAACCAUUUUAGAUUCUGAGUGGAACGAAGAAGUUUAUGGUUUUACAAAAUGUUUAUUUAUUUUUUUUUUAUUAAUCAUGUACAACAAUUUUUAAUAUUUUUUGUGAAUAUUAUGAAAUUUGUUUUAUAAUACAAUAAUAAGACAAUCGUCCAUUAAUAUUCAAAUAUUAUACUAAAUUUUUUUAUUUGGUGGAAAAGUGAAUUGGUGGAAAGGGAAAGGUACGUCUUUGGCGGAAACGGGUAACUCCCCCAUUUAUUAUCUAUAAAUCCAGGUGACAAGUAACCACUGACCUAUUAUAGUAUUAUCACUGUACAAAAAUGAACGUCCCUUCGCCUGAACAAUUUUUCAUCUGAUUCAAAUUAUAAAAUCAAAUAUAAGAGCUGGAAGGAUUUUAUUCAGCAAUAAUGUACUCCACCUAAAAAGCCUCUAUAAAUAAAAUAAAAAUGUGUACAUAAUACAUAUAUUUUAACAUAAUUUACAUUUGAUUAAAUUUGAUUCAUAUAAAUGACAUAAAUGAAAUUGUAUAAGAUCAUACGAUUCAUACUUACAUCAUGUUUCACUUUUCUAUAUCCCAUAAUAUUUUAUCCAUUUUUCUUAAUAAAGUUGAUUACAUUUAAGUAGGCGCCUACUUAGUAGGUAGUGGGUACCUAUUUUAAAUGUAGAUACGACACAUGAACGGCUGUUGAAUAAACCCAAAAAUUAAAUUGUAACUAGCAUUAGUAAUGAUCAGUAAAUACUAAAUUGUAUUAUAAAUUAUAAUACUAGAUUCUGAGGGGUCAAGAAAUGUAUUGAUAUUAAAUAAUAAUUUAUUUAAAAUGAUGUCGAUGUACAGGGCUUUUUAAAUUAUUCUUUCUAAACGAUAAUUAGAUUUAGUAACUAUUAAACUGUAGUAUUUUGUAUUUGUCUAGAUUAUUUUGUUUUAAAAUUGGCACUAAAUAUAAAUUAUGUUUAUUUCAGGUACAUGGAGUGACAUUUAUGGCAGACAACGUAAACUAUUGAUUCUCAUACCUAUAAUUGGACAAAUUUUUUCGAAUAGUUUUAGACUUGUGAAUUACUAUUGGAAUUUCCCUUAUAUACUCCAUGCCAUUUUCACUAAAAUUAUCCCUGCAAUGUACGUUGGUCGAAAUUUGUUCUGGAUCGGUGCGAUGGCAUAUACAUCAGAAAACUCAACAGUUAAAUUGAGAACUGUGAAGAUCGCAAAAUUAAUCGGGACAUAUGCCAUUAGUUCCUUAAUUGGAUUGGGUUUAGUUAAAAUAUUGGACCUAGAAUUUAGAUGCCUAUAUAUAUAUAAUCAUUUAUUGUUUACUGUGCCAAUAUUCUUAAAUAUGAUGGCCGUUUUAAUUGGUAUAAUUUUUCUUAAUGACACUUCUGUACCACAUAAUAAUACAAAUAUGUUAUGGAUCAAACCAAUGAAUAUGAUUGAUGAUUAUGAAAUAUUAUUCGAUGUCACACCUAGAAAUCGUGUUAUGAUUUUUAAGACGCUGUUGUCAUGUCAAAUAAUGGUAGUAGUAAGAGUAGGAGGUAAAUUAUAUUAUACUAUUAUUAAGAUUAAACAAUAUAAAUUGAUUUGAAUCAAUAUUUUCUUAAAAUAAAUUAUUUCAGUGGAAUAUUUUGCAAUAAUGCAUUUCUUGACAGAACCACUCAGGGAUGAUAAAACUACAUUUUUUUAUUUCAGUAUUUCCAGAACGGCGGCCGUGGCUUUUGGUAAUUGCUAUUAUUAUAUUGUUAAUACAUUGUAAGAUUUUUAAGCGAAUCUCUAUUGUAUAAAAACUUGUUGAUAUUUAUGACUUCCACAUGUUUUAUAUUUUAUAUGUGUAACCAUGCAAUACGAGUUACAGGGGUUAACGAGAGAAGCGAAUUACAUAGUACUUAUUGUAAUAAUAAACAAGUGAUUUUUUUUUUUGGAAAACGUUUUUAAUAUUUGUUUCCAAAACCUACCAGUUUAAAGAACUAAUAAAAUUUCUAAUCGGAAAUUACGGAAGUCUAGAAAAUUUAAUUUGUAAAAAAAAAAAACCAAAAAUAAUAUAAUCAUUGUCAAAUAAUAUUCUUGAUCGUGCUAAUUUUUUUCAGGUGCUUUGUUUUCCGGUGUGUUGAGUAAAUGUAUAAAUGAAAAUGUACACGAUAUAGUUAUUGGCAUUCUAACAUGCUGUUUAUACAUUGUUGCUGCAAUUGGCUAUAUCUUUGUUAAUCGUUUCUGCCAACUUUUUGUUUGUAAAUAUUAUAUGCUUAUGUUUAUUAUUAUUAUUAUUAUUCAUUCUAGUUUUAUACAAUUUUUGUUAAUCGACAUUUUACUUAUAGUCGCAAUGAUUUAUUUUUGCCAUGGAUCCAUUAUUGUUAUCACAACUUCAAUGACAUCUAAAAUGGUAAAGAUUGGAGAACAUGGUAUGUAUUUUAUCAUAUUUUUUUAAAAUUUCAUAUAUGAUUAUACUUUUAUAACUAUUUUAUUUCAGGUCGGUUAAAUUCUUUCCAGUCUGCAGGCGCUAUUAUGUUUACACUUCUCAUUGGUGAAUUUAGUGGGGUCUGCAAUGAAAACGAAACUAUUCAUUUGUUUUUGAUGGUUUUGCUAUAUGUAUUGUUUACGGUACCCAUGUUAUUAGAGUUUAUGUAA